GCCGUUUCGGGGGAAGAGGAAGUUGGACAACACCGGCUGUUUUAGUGCUUUUUCUUUUUCCCCAAUUCAGCAGAGAAUAUUUUCGAGGGGGGUGAAGGGGGGAGGUGUGCUACCAACAGCUCAUGAAUAAUUCAUGAGCACCGCCCUUCGUCGGGAAGCCCUGCCCCUCCGGAUCGCGCUGACGCACGCUGCGUUUACCAAACUUAAGGAAGCGACGUCACAGGCCCUACCCCUAAGACGGGAGGCGGGGCGCCACCUCCAGCACGUGCUGCCUGUACCCGCGCAAGCCCAAAAGGGUGUGCGCAGGCGCUGCCCACUAGGGGGAGGAAGGAGGCGGGGUGGGGAGGUUGUUGGAUUUAGAGCCGGGUGGAGACCGCUGAGACUCAUUCCUCAGGAACAAGGGUCGGGUGUCAAGGAGACCUUUUCACACCAGGUCCCGUCCCCGCCUACGGUGGGUGGGAUCGCGCGGCAGAGACAAAGGAGAUCAGUAGGGCCGGACCUAGCUGCGCAGGGAAGUAGGGUGUCAGUUUGGGGUGGUGGGCUUUUGCGGGGGCUGUGUGGGGGGUUAUAUUUAAACUCCCAGAGCCGUUAAGUUGGUUCGUACUCCGAUGCGCGCGCAACCAGGGUGGUGGCGGAGUGCGCAUGCGUGAUUCCGGGGCGAAGGGAACGCGCGCUUGCCGUGCGCGCUCGCGGCGGGGUGGUAGUGGCGGAGGAGAAAGGGGUCGGCGCACGCGCGGUUGAGUGCUCGAGUAGUUCGGGUCUCGCGGGCAUCUUGUUUUGGUCUCGCGGGCUAGUGGGGCGCACUUCGCAGGGAGGCGCUUGGGCGCGAGACUAGGCGAGAAGAGCAGAGCUGCGCGCGCACUCGGGAAAGGGGGGGAAGGGAGCAGGGUCCAGGCAGGGGGGGUUAAGCCCCCUGAUCCCCCUCGUUACCCCGACUGGGACGGAAUAAGGGGAGGAAAUGAUCGAGAUGGCGGCGGAGAAGGAGCCGUUUCUGGUGCCGGCCCCGCCGCCGCCGCUCAAAGAUGAGUCGGGCGGAGGGGGCGGCCCCACUGUGCCACCGCACCAAGAGGCCGCCUCUGGGGAGCUCGGUAAUUAUGUGCUGGAUCGAGAUGACCUGGUGGAGGCCCAAACACCUGAGUAUGAUGUGGUGCUCUGCCUCAGCCUCACCAAGUGGGUGCAUCUGAACUGGGGAGAUGAGGGCCUGAAGCGCAUGUUUCGCCGGAUCUACCGGCACCUACGCCCUGGAGGCAUCCUGGUUCUAGAGCCCCAACCCUGGUCGUCGUAUGGCAAGAGAAAGACCCUUACGGAAACAAUCUACAAGAACUACUACCGAAUCCAACUGAAGCCAGAGCAGUUCAGUUCCUACCUGACAUCCCCAGACGUGGGCUUCUCCAGCUAUGAGCUUGUGGCCACACCCCACAACACCUCUAAAGGCUUCCAGCGUCCUGUGCUCACCAGGUCCCGGAAGAGCCGCUUGGAGCGCGGCACGUUCAGCCCUGAGAGCGCAGCGGGGGCGGAGAAGAGGCGCAGGCGGGUGAAUUCGGACUGUGACUCUGUGUUACCCUCCAACUUUCUCCUGGGGGGCAAUAUCUUUGAUCCCCUGAACCUGAAUAGCCUCCUGGAUGAGGAAGUGAGCCGCGCCCUCAACGCAGAGACCCCUAAGUCAUCCCCCCUUCCGGCCAAAGGGCGAGAUCCAGUGGAGAUCCUCAUCCCCAAAGAUAUUACUGACCCGCUCAGUCUCAAUACUUGCACUGAUGAGGGCCAUGUAGUUCUUGCUUCGCCACUCAAGACUGGUCGGAAGCGGCAUAGACACCGGGGACAGCACCACCAGCAGCAGCAGGCAGCCGGAGGGAGUGAGAGCCACCCCGUGCUGCCCACAGCCCCUCUCACCCCCUCACUCCACGGGGAGGGCGCCUCACAGCAGCCGCGGCACAGAGGCCAGAACCGGGAUGCCCCCCAACCCUAUGAACUCAACACAGCCAUCAACUGCAGGGAUGAAGUGGUGUCUCCGCUUCCAUCUGCUCUACAGGGUCCCUCAGGCUCCCUAUCAGCCCCUCCAGCUGCCUCAGUUACCUCUGCACCCCCAUCUUCCUCCUCCCGACAUCGCAAACGUCGCAGGACUUCCAGCAAGUCGGAGGCAGGGGCUAGGGGUGGAGGCCAGGGUUCCAAGGAAAAGGGCCGAGGGAGUUGGGGAGGCCGUCACCACCACCACCACCCACUGCCUGCAGCAGGCUUCAAAAAGCAACAGCGCAAGUUCCAGUAUGGGAAUUACUGCAAAUACUAUGGGUACCGCAAUCCUUCCUGUGAGGAUGGGCGCCUUCGGGUGUUGAAGCCUGAGUGGUUUCGGGGCCGGGACGUCCUAGAUCUGGGCUGCAAUGUGGGCCAUCUGACCCUGAGCAUUGCCUGCAAGUGGGGCCCGUCCCGCAUGGUGGGCUUGGAUAUAGAUUCCCGGCUCAUCCAUUCUGCCCGUCAGAACAUCCGACACUACCUUUCCGAGGAGCUGCGUCUCCCACCUCAGACUGUGGAAGGGGACCCCGGGGCAGAGGGUGAGGAAGGGACCACCACCGUUCGAAAGAGGAGCUGCUUCCCAGCCUCGCUGACUGCCAGCCGGGGUCCCAUCGCUGCCCCCCAAGUGCCCUUGGAUGGAGCGGACACAUCAGUCUUCCCCAACAAUGUUGUCUUCGUCACGGGUAAUUAUGUGCUGGAUCGAGAUGACCUGGUGGAGGCCCAAACACCUGAGUAUGAUGUGGUGCUCUGCCUCAGCCUCACCAAGUGGGUGCAUCUGAACUGGGGAGAUGAGGGCCUGAAGCGCAUGUUUCGCCGGAUCUACCGGCACCUACGCCCUGGAGGCAUCCUGGUUCUAGAGCCCCAACCCUGGUCGUCGUAUGGCAAGAGAAAGACCCUUACGGAAACAAUCUACAAGAACUACUACCGAAUCCAACUGAAGCCAGAGCAGUUCAGUUCCUACCUGACAUCCCCAGACGUGGGCUUCUCCAGCUAUGAGCUUGUGGCCACACCCCACAACACCUCUAAAGGCUUCCAGCGUCCUGUGUACCUGUUCCACAAGGCCCGAUCCCCCAGCCACUAAGUGGCCCCCUGAACAGAAAGUGUGAAGAGGAUGCCCUUGCUGCUCCCAAGGACCUGGGGGAAGAGGAAAGUGUCCCAGGGUCUUUCCUGACUCCAAAAAUAGUUUCCUUUCUUGGAUCUGCAAAGAAAGCUUUUCUUCCAUCGCUGCCUCAGCCUCCUCCCUACGCCUCUGGCACCUGUGCAGCAAGGCUGGCUGUGCUGGAGUCACCAUCAUCUUCCUCUCCCCCAGCCUCCCAGGCUGGAUGGCAUGGACUGUUUGCUGACCUCUGUUCUCUUAGGGUAUGGGAGGUGGGAGGAUAUCAAAUUCUCUAGCCCUUUCCUCCUAUUCUCCCAAGGAGAGAGAUUCCCAUUUCUCCUCGGCUGUUGUCCCUAGCUCUUGUCCCUAGCUGCAUUUCAGUGGACCAUGGAUAGAUGGACUGAGGGUUCGAGGGGGAAGCCUGGCAGGGAGGCACGCAGGUACUGUGAAAAUCCUUCCCUCUGUCCUCCCCCAGUGGGAGAGGGGGUUGGGUUUUGAAUGUGAGAACAGCACAAUAAACUUGAUGUCUAGGGCAGUGGCCCCCACA